AUGUCCUGUUUGGAGAGUAUACAGAAUGAGGCCGAUUGGAAUCCCUGUUCCAACAAGAGCAGUAAUGAAUCUUUACAUUCAAGACUAAGAAAGAAAUCUAUGCCUUCGCUCAGCGUGCAGUACUUUCCAUCACAGUGUUGUUCCGCCAGGCCAGAGGAUGACACCAAAGAAGACUCAUUGUUUCUUCCCUCAGAAGAAGAAAGCUAUGUAGUAACUUCUGAAAACAAUCAUCUUGGUCUAAACCUUGAGGGCAUUACAAGGAACAUCAGACCACUGAGAGAGCUGACUGUCCAGGAGUUACUGAGAGAGUUUGGGGACAGCAAGAUGUUCCAACCAAACUCCAUGUCUGUGGGUCACUUUAGAGACCAGGUGGUAAUGAAGUUCAGAAGAGCUCUGUAUUAUUCCGGAAUUUGGGUGGCACAUGUCCAAGGCUACAGAUUCGAAAAGCACUUGUCAGCCAGUUAUUUCAAGAGAAACCCUGGUUGCCUACACCGGCUGGUCUGCUGGCUGAAACGGGAACUAACAGCUGUUUAUGGAGCUUAUGGCUACACAGUGAAGAAUAUCCUAGCCACCAUUCUCCAUCACAUGACAAAAUAUGACCUGGACAGUGAAUCCUUCAUUAACCUCCUAGAACCUUAUCUCCAACAACACACCCACCAUUUUCUGCAUGAAUUUAUCAGUUUUGUUCACUCACCUUACAACAUGGAGACUUAUGACCAACGAGCCAUCUAUCAAUUUCCUUCUGCUUCACCUUGGGUAGAAAAGAGGUCUGUUGCAUCAGCUCCUGUUUUGCCUUUGCCUAAGGAUCAGACUGUACUGGCAUCUCAACAUGACAUAAAACAGUCUAAAAACACCCGGGGCCAAUGGAAUAAUGAGGAGAGGCCUCUGUCAGGCUUGAAAGCAUUUCCAAAUGGUAACACUUCCUUGAAGAAAUCUGAAAUCCUAUUAGUCCAUCAUAAAGCAGCAAGCAAAAUCCAUGCUUGGAUCAAAGACAAAUCAGAAUCAGGAGAUCACAAAGGUAUAACUUAUACCAAUAGCAUGUUCCUGAAUUGGGCUACACCAAGGGAGAGGGGCCCAGGCUUACUGAAUUGCAAAAAAAAUGUUAAAGAGAGGAAGACAGAAGGGAUAAAUUUGUUUCCUGGUCAUGCCCAGGAUAUGGGAAAGAGUGAAACAACUGUACGCACCUUCAGUUCCCCAGCAAUUUUUAAUCAGGGGCAGCCAUGGAAGAACAGCCUAAGAGAAAAAAAGGUUUUGAACCUUGGCCAGCAGAUCAAUUUCCAGAAAAAAGAAGAAAAAAACAAAUGUUCAGAUUCUUCACCAAAGACCUUUCAGAGAAGAUUCCCCAGACAAAUAUCCUUAAUAAAUUGCAAAUCCAGAAAGAGGGACCCUUCCUGGAGUUGCAUUUCAGAAACUGCCUUUUCUUCUAAGAGAGAUGGUAGGAAGCUGAGCUCUCUCAGAAAAAAGAGGAUGAAGUCCAGACAACCCUCCCAAUUUGCAGAAGUUGGUUCACACUGCAGUAGGGGAAUCCAAAGACAAUCAAGGUCCAGUACUCAGAGAUCCAAAUCCUGGUGUGCUGGACUUACAAAGAGAUCUGUAAGCAGAGAUUCAAGUAAUCUCUCUCUGAGAGGAAGCCACAGAAGAGGACACUUCACCCCAAAUAUAUGCUGUGAGCCCUCAAAAGAAAAGAAGGCGCAUGGCUAUGAAUCAGACUGUGGGAGACCAUCUUCAGCCACCAUCCAAUACAAGAAGCUUCCUUCAACGGCUGGGAAGAGACUCAAGUGUCCUUCUAAAAGUGAAGAUUCUUCCCAAUCUGGAAGCCACUGUAACAGUCCCACAUGCCUACAGAGGGAGAAACACAUAUCCCCAAGUAAACAAGAGAUGAAGUACAAAACCACAUUUCCUAGAGCUAGAAAAACCAGAGCAGUUAGGCAUAGAAGAAACAAGUGUCAGUGUCCAGAAACACAAACCACAAAGGAAGUCAGUGAUGAAAUAGGGGAUCUGAAUGAUGUGAGGCAAAAGAGUAGUCUUUCUGAGUGUGCACCUUCCUGCAGGAGGUAA